AUGGAUUACUAGGUCGAGAAGUGCAAUUCGGGAGAGAUGGGGGCGAGGAAGUGAAUAGUCCUAAGUUGGAUCUUGAAUACCUACCUAGUCUAGGAUCCAACUAAUACAUUCGUUACACGUUGAAUAUCUCACACUCGUUUUUGAGAAAUCACAUACACUCUUUUUUAUACUUCUUAACGAUUUCAACGUUUCUAUCACUCUUUUUUAGAAACACGCACAAUGGCAGGAGUCAUCGAGGCCAUCGGGGUGAUCUCAGGUGUUCUGGGGAUCCUCCAGUUCGGCGUUGACAACUUCCCCGAGCAGAAGGCCGUCGGGUCUUCGGUGAGGGUUACCGUGGGCCUCGACACCCAGGGCGGUCUUGACAAUGCCGGAGGCGAUCUUCCAGACGUCCGGCUGUUCAACGAGGCCGGUGACUUCAUCGGCAUCGAGACCGAUCCUGGGAAGGUCGAGGAUGGGGGCUUCGGCGAUAUCACAAUAGACCAUAAGGGGGACUCCACCCAGCAGCCGACCUAUGCAUUGUUCUCGGCCAACAAGGAUGCCAUAUGCAUUGCAUAUGUCUCUAUCACUUGGCCGAGCAACGAAAAGUACUCUUGGGUUGGCGACUGGGGACACGAGUGUGGCGGAUCCUGGUACUACUCCAACGUCUACAUCAAGGGCGGCAACAGAAAACCCGACUGCCUCUGGAUCGACGGCAACAACGACCAGCCGCAGUCGGGGUUCCAAGUGCACUGGCCGGAGUUCGUAGAGAAGCAAGACGAGACCCUGCCGACCGACGCGGCCGAGCAGAAGCAGAAGCGUGACUUCCUGUGCAACCAGGGGCCCCCUUUCAAGAUGUACCAGUACACCGACGUCAAGGACCCCAAGACCAUCACCCACUGGACUCUUAGCAACAAGAACAAGCGGGAGACGGCCAUCUCCUACGCUCCAUCAGAGAAUCCUGUCUCCGCCCGGUUCCGGCACAGUCAAGAGGGCAUCAAGUAUCGGAGGGCGAACGGGACGGACGACACCAGCGCCAGCGCCAACCCUCACACGAACCGGCUAGUCAUGAGCAAGAGCGCGCAGCACUCGGCAGAGGGGCUCUGUCAGAGCGACACAUCGGUCGGACCAGACUUCGUCAACGUGGCGGACGGCACGUUCUGCCGGAUGAGCGACAAGACGCUGUUCUCGGUGUGCGACGGCGCCAAGACCGUGGACAACUGCUUCAAUACGGACCUGCAGCAGCUAGUUGUCAAUGGUGCUGUGACGAGAGAUAAGGCGUACAGCUCUGUUCUUGACUGGACUUUAGAUGAUUAAGUUUUGGUUUGUCAUGUCGGUUUCAUUGGUUGACUGGUUGACUUGGAAAGGGGGGGAGUUGGCUGUAUUAUUAUUUCCUAGGUAGGGAUGUGGAUGGAUGGAUGGGUUGACGAAUGGAUGUCUCAUGGCGCUUUGGAUAAUUAUAGGGGGCGUGGCGUGCAUCAGUAGGGGUCUCGAGGGGGGUUUCAUAGUAAUGUCACCAACUUUUCUGGAUAUGGGGUUCGUACUCAUAUCCAUCAUUACCAUAAAGAUUUAGACCUACCUAAGUAUGCUGCAUGGUGAAUAACUUCGGUUUUGUCCCGUCUGUGGGGUAGGUAUUCAGGUGUGCGAGCAGCAUAUGAGAAAAGAAGAAACCUCAUUUCGGUCCCACCAAUGAAUCUGUCCAUAGUAUAUUUGUACGUUAAUGCCACGGAACAUCUCUGUAGAUAGACAGGCCGUAGGAGCUUUCAGGAUACAGUAAAUCCAGUUGAUGUUGGACUUAGACAGAAGAGCC